UAUUUCAAGACUGUGUGUGUAAUGUGUGUAUGUACGUGCGUGCAUUAUUUAAUGGCCACCAUUACACGAAUGUUACUUUACAUUGCUACUGUUUUUUUUCCUUUUUAAUGGAACUAAUUAAAUCUGUGUUUGAGGAUCUGGUGGCUAAUGGUUUGCAUCAAAAUAGCUCCGUUCCGAACACGAGAAAAAUCCUAUUACCAAAUCUUCACGGUUUUGAGUUGUAGGUGUAGCUUCGGGUAUAACGUUGCCUUGACUGUCGCUGGAUUUGCAACGUUUGGAUGACGCUUUACUGAAUGUAAAUACUUAGUAUGGCCGCUUUAAAUGCAGUUGUUUGUGGUGUGGUGUCAGUUUAGUAAGCUGUAGCUUUGAAAGCUCGUUUCCUGUAUGCGGGAUCGUCGUUUUUCGUAAAAAUGUGAAGGAAACUGAAAAAGUGCGAGUAUUAUUACUGUUACAAAAUAAGAAUGUUAAACGUGUUCGUCGUACCCGUGAAAUUCUGUUUGGACGUGGGUUAACUCAUUAAUGCUUUGUUCCUCUUAUUUGUUAGACAUUGUCUUUCCUGUCUUGUGUCUUUCACACUCACGAAAAUGACGUUGGUCGUGAGUUCUGUAAUACCACGACAAAAUUAUUUUGCUUUAUUUCUUCUUUUCACCGGCGCUGUUGACACUUGAUUACCAUACUGUCCAGCAACUUUACUGUGUCUGCCUGAGAGUGAAUAGCCAGCAUGAAAACCAGAUCUAGUAGCAGAGGCAGAGGGGAAAGCUGUUCACUCAAGAGGACGAAUGAAUCAAGACGAAGUGCAUCAGACAUCAGUCAAAGUGCACAGCAUGGUAAUACAAAUUCCAACAGAAGUUUUAUAGGACUGACCAAAAACAGCAGGAAAAGAAGGCAUUCUGAUGUUACAUGUAGCAGUAAGAAGGCAGCGACUAACUACCAGGAAGAAUCCAAACAUGUCAGUAAGGAUGACCAGCUUGCAAAUGUUCUAAAUAAAACAGUGUCAGUGGUGCUAGAGCCAUUUGAUAUGGAGAAGCAUAUGCAGGCUAAGGUUGCAAAUAGCAAUAAAAAAAAAUGCAUCGGUAAUGACUCUGUCAGAGAUGUCAAAGUAACUGCUAAGAGUUCAGAUGGUUGCAACACAGAAAAUCAAUAGAACUCGACAACAGGAAGCAGACAAAGAUGUUAGCAGAAAUCCACUCAUCAUGAUGGCAAAGAACUACAUAAUAGUGAUCAGAAGAAUGUAGCAUCCCUCAGCUUGAGUGAUGAUGAUGGCCAGGGGUUGUUGGAGAGUUCAACCCAUCAGAGCAGAAGACAGUUGUGGGAUGCUUCCCACAAAAUGAGUUCAGAAUUUCUCCGAGAAUGCCGUAAAAUAUAUAAGAAGCCAGUUUGUACAUGUUGUGUAGGAAAAGAUAACAACAGUGGAAGUGAAAUAAGAGUUGCAAGUGAUGGCUUGAAGGCAAAACAUAACAAACACAUGGAGGAGAGCGUCAGAAAUAGUGAUGUAAAUAGAACAUCCAGUAGUACCCAAAAAAGAAAAAACUGUUGUGGAUGCUUCUCACAGCAAAGUAAAAGAUGCUGAUUAUCAGUAUGGAGGCAGACCACUAACUACAGAGCACGGCAGUACAAGUUCUGAAACUAUCACAACUCUCAAGAUGAUGAUAGAAGUAUUUAAAAAUGGCCAGUCAUCCAGAAACAGAGAGAUUAUUAACAGCCACCGUAGUAGGAGGUCGGUCACACCAACUUCAUGUUCUGUAGCCACAGCACCUUUGCAGAUGAGAGACAGUGCAGCUUCACAACCUGGUCAUGCACUUACCCACUUAGAAAUGGACCCAUACUUGCGUCGACGGUCAGCAUCAGCGCCUCCUCAGUUACAGUUGGGUGACACUUUUCGAAAAACUGUUGAUGUGUUCACACAUUUACUUCAGGAUGCGGCAACACAUCUGCAGAAAUGUGCUAAUGGAGUUGGUGAUACAUUAAGUGACCAUAAUUUUGAGAAUAUGGUAGCUGGUGUUUCUCACUUGGUGUCAAGCUGCACAUGCCAUUCACCCAUUAGGUGUUUACUAUAUAGCAUUCAUAUUAUGAAUGCAUUAAAAAGAAGACUGUCUACAGAAUUAAAUGUGAUUUUACUAUCGAGUGGUGAUGCAGUACAGCCAGCAGCAGCAGGCACGCAAUCAAAUGGGAAUUUAAUGGGAAGAUUCCAUCUAGAAGCAAGCAUCAAAGAUAAGACCAAUACAGAAGCCACUAUAGAAGGAGGUAGUAUAUCUGAAUCUGCACCUCAGUGUGAUGCCACAACAUUAACAAUGAAAUCCAGAAACAUAUUGUCGACUGCUGAGACCUGCAUAAGCACAUCACACAGCACUUGUCCCACUGAAGAGACAAACGACACACCAUCACCAGUAGGUAGCACUGAUAAUGCACAUAUUGAAGCAAGUAUCGGAGAAACAGCCCAACUGGAAGCAAACACAAAAGAGAGUACCAGCACAACAACAUGUAUUACAGAAGACAGUGUCUCAAAGUCAGCAUCAGAAUAUGGUGCAAUGUCGUCAUCAGUUGAGCCCAUAAUCAUGGUGUCAGCUGCUGGGACAUUUACUAGUACUAGUUCUUCACCCACUGGAGGAAAAGAAAUCCUGGACCUACAUGAAGUGGAUACUGUAGUUUCUCAUCAGAAUAAUGUAAAUGACAGAGUGGAUGAUAGAACAGGGUGUGCCAGCUCCAAGAGUAAUGUAAUGUGUGGGAGUGCAGAACGAGAACAAGAUGGUGAACGGAAUACUUUUGACUCCGUCUGUCUCUCUAUGGAAGAGAUUGAAAUAAAGGAAGAAGUUGAAACCUCAGAAAGUGACAGUGAAUCAGAGUUGUCUGAAAAACAGUACUCACAAAAUGGGACAGAAUCUGAUGCAGGUAGUUGUGGUCCUGAAGGGGAAGAGACAGACAGAGAUGAAAAUAUGGUUGAGGCUGAGUGUAACAUUGAUGAGGUCUCAGAUAUAAAUAACCACACGAAUGUAGUUUAUGAAGUAAGAACAUGCGAGAAUGGAGCCUGGCAUGUGCAGCGUAUACCGUCAUUUUAAAUGUACCUACUUUUUAUGAACAUUCUUUCAAUGCAGAAAAAGAUGUUUGCAGAAAUCCUCUCAUCAUAACAGCAAAGAACUGCGUCAUAGUGUUCAGAAAAAAGUAGCAUCCCUCAGCUUGAGUCAUGAUGGUGACCAGGGGUUGCUGAAGA